GGGACACUUAGCUCCAUGCAUAGCAGGCAUCAUUACCACAGGCUCUUCAGGAGCAUGCACCUGGCUUUCUGCAGGACCUCGAGGGAUUCAGCUGUCCACACCCGUUCGCAUAAUAGAUACGAUCACAGAUAUCGUUUCUGUCCAGGAGGGCUUGGAUCUCCUCUGGCAUCUCCUCUGACCUCUGCAGAGCACGGACUCCUCAUCAUGAUGCUACAGGACUGCCCGAAGGCCCGCAGGGAGGUGGAGCUGCACUGGCGGGCCUCUCAGUGCCCCCACAUCGUGCGCAUAGUAGAUGUCUACGAGAACCUGUAUGCGGGGAGGAAGUGCCUGCUGAUUGUCAUGGAGUGUUUGGAUGGUGGAGAGCUCUUCAGCCGAAUCCAGGACCGAGGAGACCAGGCAUUCACAGAAAGAGAAGCAUCGGAAAUCAUGAAGAGCAUCGGCGAGGCCAUCCAGUAUUUGCACUCAAUCGACAUCGCCCACCGGGACGUCAAGCCGGAGAAUCUCUUAUACACCUCCAAAAGGCCCAACGCUAUUCUGAAACUCACUGAUUUUGGCUUUGCCAAGGAAACCACCAGUCACAACUCUCUGACCACUCCUUGCUACACACCAUACUAUGUGGCUCCGGAAGUGCUGGGUCCAGAGAAGUAUGACAAGUCCUGUGACAUGUGGUCGCUGGGCGUCAUCAUGUACAUCCUGCUGUGUGGCUAUCCCCCCUUUUAUUCCAACCAUGGCCUCGCCAUCUCUCCGGGCAUGAAGACCCGCAUCCGAAUGGGCCAAUAUGAGUUUCCCAACCCAGAGUGGUCAGAAGUAUCAGAGGAAGUGAAAAUGCUUAUCCGGAACCUGCUGAAAACGGAGCCCACUCAAAGAAUGUCCAUCACGGAGUUCAUGAACCACCCCUGGAUCAUGCAAUCCACGAAGGUCCCCCAGACCCCACUGCACACCAGCCGGGUCUUGAAAGAAGACAAGGAGCGGUGGGAAGAUGUCAAGGAGGAGAUGACCAGUGCCUUGGCCACCAUGCGCGUCGACUACGAGCAGAUCAAGAUAAAGAAGAUCGAAGACGCAUCCAACCCUCUGCUUCUGAAGAGGCGGAAGAAAGCUCGGGCCCUGGAGGCUGCGGCCCUUGCCCACUGAGCCCCUGGGCCCCCCUGGAGGACAAGCAAUAACUCGAAGUGAAUAUAUUUUUUAAAUGAAGAGAUACAGACUGUCCACUUCCGCCUCCUCUCCUCCUGAGCUGCGUGGAGCCUGGAACUGGUGGCUGAAUUCUGCCUUUGGUUCUGGCCGCCCUGGAGAGGAAGGGGCUGGGAGGCUGGGGAGACGGGAGCAAGGUGCUCUCGAACCUGUGCUCAUUUUGCAAUUUUAUCAGUAAUUUGACUUAGAGUUUUUACAAAAUCUUUUAUUUUCCUUUGCCCCGCUCCUCUCCUCUCCACUGGACCCCUUUCCCUCUGGUACUGCAUAGGUCUGGCGGGGGGACCCAAGGGUGUGUGUGGAAGCUGCUGUAGGAGCGUCCCUGUGUCCACCUGCCUCCCUGUUUCCCAC